AUGGUCGUACUGACGGUAGCCGCUGGGUGGUGGGCCGGACCACGCCGCUUCAACCGCCCUCCCUUUCUUCUCCGCAUCGCCAAAAGCAGCGCUCCUAUCCCCCACACGGCUAUGGAUUCCGACCUGCGGCCUCCUUCCCCUCGUCCCCUAGCGGCUACGAUCAGCAUCGUCGAUGAAACGCCAAGUUUAGCUGCGCAGCUAACUUCUUUCCAUCCCGACUCGCAGCCUUUUGCCUCCUUUCGCGGCCUCGACAAUGUCGCGCCUCAGUCUCAUAUCCACAAUGCGACGCCCGUGGCGGGGCAAGACGCGAUAGCUUUAGAGACCAGUGCGCAUGGUGCCCCGGGGGAUGAAAUCGCUCUCCUACAAUCAACGGGUCAAUCCUUCCAGCAACCCACUGGCAACUACGAUGGACUAGCACCGGAGCCAAUGGCAGCGAGUUUCGCGGGUCAGUUGCAAGGCAUGAAACUGGUCCCAGAUCCGCCAGAUCUGGAAUUCUGGAGGGAGCGACUGUUCCACAUUGAUGAAACGAUUACUAUGAGCGAAGAAGAAUUCCAGACAUACUUCCCACACGUCGACAAUGUCUAUUCCCACCGCUCAACCCAGCGCUACAAACGCAGACCAUUUGUUGCUCACUAUUGGGACUGUCGCCUCAAAGGUCGGCCUCCCGGCACGCCCAAGUCCGACGAUCCGAAUAAGAAGAAACGCAAACGCACUGCAAGGGAAAGGGAUCUUUGUGAUGUUAAGAUCAAGAUUACGGAGUACUUACCGGGGGCCGCGACUGUUGACAGAACGGGUGGGUUUGAAUCAUUGCCUGCAGACCUAUUGCCAGGAACACACACUUUAUACCCUGUCCAAAGCAACCAGUCCUUCGGCGUCCUUGCGCCAAACCCCCACCUCCCACAAGAUCAUCCUGGAGCAGGUGGGGGAAGGUAUUUCGCGAUCCAACGAGUGAAUGGCAAUGGUGCGAAUGGAAAGAAUGAUGGCGUGAGUGGGGGCCACCGACACACACUUGAAGAAAGCGAUCGUGUCAAGAAGAAUAGCGUCCAACGCUACCUUUUAAAGGAAGGUAAAGAGAAAAAGAAAGCAACGCGCGUAUGGAUUUCUCUUGAACUGAAAGGCAUUCCAUACCAGUACAUCGAAAUCGAUCCAUAUCAGAAGCCCCAGUCCCUGCUGAAAAUUAACCCACGAGGCCUUGUGCCAGCAUUGCAGCAUGAUGACUGGGGCUGCUAUGAAAGCAGCGUGCUCAUGGAAUAUAUUGAAGAUUUAGGUAUUGGACGGUCACUUUUUCCAGCUGACCCGAAGCUGCGUGCACAUUGUCGGUUAUGGGCAGACCAUAUCAACCGGAAUAUUGUACCAAGUUUUUACCGAGUGCUUCAAGAGCAGGAUCAGGAUAAGCAAAUCACCAAUGCUCAAGAACUUCGGAAUGCUCUCAAUCAACUCAUGACAGCCGCCCAUCCCGGCGGGCCAUUUUUCAUGGGAUCACAGAUUUCCUUUGUGGACAUUCAAGCUGCACCAUGGGUCCUUCGGCUUAGCCGAGUGCUGAAGCCCUACCGAGGAUGGCCAGAUCCCGAGGAAGGGGGCAGAUUAGCCUCAUGGGUGACCGCUAUUGAGGCAAACGAACAUGUUCGCGCAACAACCAGCACCGAUGAGCUAUAUCUGGACAGUUAUGAACGCUACGCCGAAAAUCGACCGAACACAUCCCAGGUCGCAAAUGCGAUCAAUUCUGGACGAGGUCUCCCGUAG